AGAGGGGAUUUUCGGGCCAGCGUCUGGAAACGGUGCUGCGCCGUUCGUCACGUUCGGCGGCCGCCGCUAGCCAGCGUGUCGACCCCCCCCCCCCCGCCCCCCCUGUUCGGUUCCGCUCGGGUUCGUUCGAGUCGUCGGACGGAGGAGGAAGAAGAAGAGGGGGGACUGAAACAACAUGGGGUCGCAGACGCUCCAGAUCCUGAGGCAGGGGGUCUGGGCUUCGGUCACGGGCGGAUGGUACUACGACCCCGACCAGAACACGUUCGUCAACGCGUUGCACCUCUACACCUGGCUCUUCCUGCUAUGUUUCCCCUUCACGCUGUACAUGGCCCUGCCACCGACCAUGGUGAUCGUGGGAAUCUACUGUGGCGUGAUCGCCGCCAUGUUCCUGCUGCUGAAGACGGUGAACUACCGCCUCCACCAUGCCCUGGAUGAGGGGGAGGUGGUGGAGCACCAGGCCAAGGAGAGUCAGGGCAGCAGAGGCGGCACCGAGGGGGCCAACGAUGGAGGCGUCACCCGCCGCGAGGACAGCAACGGCCCGGGGGACCCUGGAGGGGGUAUCGAGAUGGCAGACUUCAUCAGGCAAGAGACUCCGCCAGUGGACUGCAGUUCCAGGAACUCCUAUAUCGGGAUGGAGUCUAACCAGCAGAUCGCAUCCACCCACGGAAGAGCAACAGUUGCCAAAGGAAAGACCUCAGAUGACAUCAGCUUGACUCUUGUUGAGAGCUGCAGUCAUGAUCAUGAUCUGCUGUCAGAUGCCAAGAUGUACUGCCUCGUUCCCAACGACUCCUUCGCCUCCAUGCAGCCAUCGACUUCCCUGUGUCCCUCGGAGCUCUCCCGGGAGCCUGCUGAUCUCUGUAACUCUGCUGCUUAUCACUUCAGCCUGUCGCACUCGUCCUGUGACACAGAGGUGACCAGUCAUGCAUCCAUGCAAUCGCAGACCUUUAGGAAAGAGCUCCGUUCGCGGGGACUGCCUCGCACCUCCAGCUCGGCGGGUUCCGCUUUCCCCGACCCGUGUCUGCCUGACUUUGCUUCGUACCCUCCCCCUAGAAGAGGUGGCCUCGACCCUGUACGUGAGCUGGAGACAGCCAGACCACACAGGCCCGGGGUGUGUGACAGGGUGGAGGCCGAGCAGCUGUACCAGCAGGACCACGCCGUGCCCUCCACCUCUGGAGUCGAGUGCUACAGGCACAAAGAACAACAACAGCGCAGAGUUGCCCGCUCAGCCUCCAGGGAGGCAGGGGAAGGCAGCUCGGGACUGUACCAGGUGGACGCAGGUGGUGGCGGCGGGGGCGGGAAAGGCUCUGGUGGAGGAGGAAAGACCCAGGGAGGGGGGCACAGUGCUGAUAGCCUGAGGAGCCUGAGCACUCGCAGCAGUGGCUCCACUGAGAGCUACUGCAGUGGGACGGACAGGGACACCAACAGCACUAUUAGCAGCUUUCACAGUGAGCAGACCAGCUCUACGCAUGUGGAGAGCCUGCUCUCACUUUCAGGGGAUGAGCGUGUACGUAACAGGGGAGACGCUGUGUCUGCUCCUGCAGAUGACAGGACUACGAACCUCGGCAGUCUCAGCUCCCGAGGUCUCAGUAACCUUCCCUCCAGGGAGGCCAAUAAAAACCCUCACGCCAAUGAGCUGACUGCUAAACAACCCGCUGACACAUCGUCCUCUGCGACUCAAGAGCUGGGGGAAUCUGGCAGGAGCCAGGGAGAGCCUGGUGUCAGGACCUGUGCCGAUGGCUCUACGAAUGUAGAUGCCAUGGAGCAGGAGCAGGCGAAGGGGGACGUUCAACCAAAGUCAGGCAACAACGUUCAGAGGACUUCUUCCCUGUCGACGGGGCGCAGUGGACGUCGGCGGACUGGCAAGAAAAGGGCGAGCAGCUUCGACGCCAGCCGUCACAGGGACUACGUGUCUUUGCGCGGCAUGGCCAAGCCUUGUAGCGCCGUGUUCACCGGGGGUGGAGAGGAGGACUCCAGUGAUCAGAGUGAAUUCAGCUGUGCCUCCAGUCUCCACUCCACCCACCACCUAAGCACAGACAGCUCAUCCAGCACCACUUCCCGCUCCUGCCACUCACCAGAGGGCCGCUACCGGGCCCUGAAAGCCAAGCACACUGCAGCUACCGCCGGCUCCUCUUCUUCCCCCACAGUGAAAGCUGUGGCGGGUUCCGAGGCGGGAGUUCGAGCCGGAGGGAAGCGGCGCCCCUCCCGCCGGACCCCCAGCACGGGCAGCGCCAAAACGCACGCCAGAGUGCUGAGCUUGGACAGUGGUACGGCUGCCUGCCUUAAUGACCCCAGUCGCCUCGGCGCUCCGGCGGGGCCUCGGCCCCUCACCACCUCAAAGUCGGACCUGGAAGCCAAAGAAGGGGAAGUCCUAGACGCAGCGUCCCUACUGGGCCGGGCCUCCCAGCUGGAGUCGGUGACCCGCUCCAGAAACAGUCUGCCCAACCAGGCGGCUUUCGCUGAGCCUCACGAUGCCACUGCUGCUUCCCUGCGGGCCCCGGGGAGCGAGGAGACGGUCGUAUUUCGGCGCGAGCGUAGCACGUUCCGUCGGCAGGCAGUGCGGCGGCGACACAACGCAGGGAGUAACCCCACCCCGCCCGCCUCUCUCAUUGGAUCUCCUCUCAGUCUUCAGGAGGCUCUCAGCCAGGCCUCCCAGCCUUCUACUUCCCAGGUGAAAGGUCAGCCAUCCAGAACCCCGUCCCAGGUGACCGUGCUCAGCACAAGCACCUCCCUGCUGGCCAGGAACGGAAGCACACACCUGGAGGGUUCUCAGGACAAGGCCUCGACCGUCGGCGCUACCAGCUUGCAGGACGACUUUGGAAAGCUCACUCCCUCCUUGUAUGAGGCUGGUGGAUGUGACAUGUCCCUGGUCAACUUUGAACCUGCAACCAGACGAGCCUCCAAUAACAUAUGGGACACUGACUCCCACCUCUCCAGUUCUACCUCAGUCCGCUUCUACCCUCAUGACCUGAUUUCCCUCCCUCAGAUACGUCUGAACCGUCUGCUAACAAUGGACCCAGAGCUGCUGGAGCAGCAGGAUGGAAAUCUGAGCCCGGAGCUCCAAGAUGCGCCGUUGGCCCAGGACGACCCUGCAGCCACCUCUGCCGUCGGCAAAGCCAGGCAGUACUACCGCUUGUGGCUUCUCCCGUACCUGUGGGUCGGCCUGCACUUUGACCGGCUCACACUGCUGGCAUUGUUUGACAGGAACCGCGAGGUUUUGGAGAACGUGCUGGCUGUGAUGCUGGCUGUCCUGGUGGCCUUCCUGGGCUCAGUGCUGCUGGUCCAAGGCUUCUUCACCGACAUCUGGGUCUUUCAGUUCUGCCUUGUCAUUGCAAGUUGCCAGUAUUCCUUAUUAAAGAGUGUCCAGCCAGACUCCUCUUCCCCUCGACAUGGCCAUAAUCGUAUCAUAGCCUACAGCCGGCCCGUCUACUUCUGCCUGUGCUGUGGCCUCAUUUGGCUGCUCCACUACGGCAGUCUGCGGAUCACCUCGUCCCGAUUCACCCUGUACGGAGUCGCCCUCACCAGCUCCCUGAUCCUCGCCUCGGCCAGGGACCUCGUCAUAGUUUUCACUCUGUGUUUUCCCGUCAUCUUCUUCGUGGGGCUGCUGCCACAAGUCAACACGUUCGUCAUGUACCUCUUCGAGCAGCUGGACAUCCAUGUGUUCGGGGGCAACGCCUCUACAAGCCUUCUGUCAGCGCUGUACAGCAUCCUGCGCAGCGUCGUCACCGUCGCUCUGCUCUACGGCUUCUGCUACGGAGCUCUGAAGGAGACCUGGGAGCCGCAUCACAUCCCCGUGUUGUUCUCCGUCUUCUGCGGCCUCUUGGUGGCAGUGUCUUACCACCUGAGCCGACAGAGCAGCGACCCCUCUGUCCUCAUCUCGCUGCUACAGUCCAAGGUUUUGCCCAAUUUAAAAGACAAAAACCCAGAGGACCCUUUGUCCGAAGUACAGGACCCUCUGCCCGAUAAGCUCAAAGCCUCAGUGAACGAGCGUCUGCAGUCGGACCUGAUCGUCUGCGUGGUCAUCGCUGUCCUUUACUUUGCCAUCCACGUCAGCACAGUGUUUAUCGCACUGCAGCCUUUCCUCAGUUACGUCCUGUAUGCCCUGCUGGGGACGGUGGGGCUGCUCACCCACUACCUGCUGCCUCAAGUCCGCAAGCAACUGCCCUGGUACUGCUUCUCUCACCCUCUGCUCAAAACUAAGGAGUACUACCAGUUUGAAGUCAGGGAUGCGGCUCACGUGAUGUGGUUCGAAAAGCUCCACGUGUGGCUGCUGUUCGUGGAGAAGAACGUCCUCUAUCCGCUCGUCAUCCUCAACGAGCUGAGCGGCAGCGCCAGGGAGCUCGCCAGCCCAAAGAGGCUCGACACAGAGGUCGGCGCUCUGAUGAUCACAGUGGCGGGCCUGAAGCUGCUGCGGUCGUCUUACAGCAGUCCCACCUACCAGUACGUGACCAUCCUCUUCACCAUCCUCUUCUUCACCUUCGACUACCGUCACCUGUCUGAGACGCUGCUGCUCGACCUUUUCCUCAUGUCUAUUGUUUUCAGCAAGUUGUGGGAGCUGUUCUACAAGCUGCACUUUGUCUACACCUACAUCGCCCCCUGGCAGAUCACAUGGGGCUCAGCCUUCCAUGCCUUUGCUCAGCCCUUUGCCGUGCCUCACUCUGCCAUGCUGUUUGUCCAGGCUGUAGUGUCAGCAAUCUUCUCCACCCCCCUCAACCCAUUCCUGGGCAGUGCCAUCUUCAUUACUUCCUAUGUCCGACCAGUCAAAUUCUGGGAGAGAGACUACAAUACCAAGAGAGUGGAUCAUUCAAACACUCGUCUGGCCUCUCAGCUGGACAGAAAUCCAGGCUCCGACGACAACAAUCUGAACUCCAUCUUUUACGAGCACCUCACCCGCUCCCUGCAGCACAGCCUGUGUGGAGACCUCCUCCUGGGCCGCUGGGGAAACUUCAGCACCGGGGACUGUUUCAUCCUGGCCUCCGACUACCUGAACGCUCUGGUGCACCUCAUCGAGAUCGGCAACGGCCUCGUCACCUUUCAGCUUCGAGGGCUGGAGUUCAGAGGAACAUACUGUCAGCAGAGGGAAGUGGAGGCCAUCACCGAGGGGGUGGAGGAAGACGAAGGCUGCUGCUGCUGCGAGCCAGGCCACCUUCCUCACAUCCUGUCCUUCAACGCCGCCUUCGGCCAGCGCUGGCUGUCCUGGGAGGUGUUGGUCACCAAAUACGUGCUGGAGGGCUACAGCAUAACUGACAACAGCGCUGCCUCCAUGCUGCAGGUGUUCGACCUACGUCGCAUCCUCACCACCUACUAUGUCAAGGGUAUUAUCUACUACGUGAUCGCUUCGCCCAAACUGGAAGAGUGGCUGGCCAAUGAGACCAUGAAAGACGGCCUGCGAGGAUGCGGCGAGAGGAACUACGUGGACCUGGAUCCCACCUUCAAUCCCAACAUCGACGAGGACUACGACCAUCGGCUCGCGGGCAUCUCCCGGGACAGUUUCUGCGGGGUCUACCUGGGCUGGAUCCAAUACUGCAAUUCUCGAAGGGCCAAGCCCCUGGACAGUGACAGGGACUCAGCUCUGGUGCUGCUCUGCUUCGGCCUAUGUGUGCUGGGAAGGAGAGCGCUGGGAACGGCGGCCCAUCAUAUGUCCAGCAAUCUGGAGUCGUUCCUUUAUGGACUUCACGCAUUAUUCAAGGGAGACUUCCGCAUCUCCUCGAUUCGAGAUGAGUGGAUCUUCGCAGACAUGGAACUGCUCAGGAAAGUUGUGGUGCCUGGAAUCCGAAUGUCUCUGAAACUGCACCAGGACCACUUCACUUCCCCGGACGAGUACGAUGAGCCGGCGGUCCUUUUCGAGGCCAUCUCCACCCACCAGCAGAACCUCGUCAUCGCUCACGAGGGCGACCCGGCCUGGAGGAGCGCCGUGCUGUCCAACUCGCCGUCGCUGCUCGCCCUGCGCCACGUCCUCGACGAAGGCACCAACGAGUACAAAAUCAUCAUGCUCAAUCGACGAUACCUUAGCUUCCGUGUCAUCAAGGUGAAUAAAGAAUGUGUCCGAGGGCUCUGGGCAGGGCAGCAGCAGGAGUUGGUGUUCUUGAGAAACAGGAACCCGGAGCGUGGGAGCAUCCAGAACGCAAAGCAGGCUCUACGUAACAUGAUCAACUCCUCCUGUGACCAGCCCAUUGGUUAUCCCAUCUACGUCUCGCCGCUGACCACCUCCUACUGCAACUCACACCCCCAGCUCGGACACAUCCUGGGGGGCCCCAUCAGCAUCGGGAACAUCCGCAACUUUGUUGUCAGCACCUGGCACAGGUUAAGAAAAGGCUGUGGUGCAGGCUGUAACAGUGGAGGGAACAUUGAGGAUCCGGAUGUGGGGGGGCUGUCCUGUGGCAGCGUGAAUGGGAACGGGGGCGACUCCCAGCAGAGCUCAAUGUCGCAUGGUGGGACGUCUGGACCCGUCCCUCCUUACUCGUACCAGCCACAUCCUCUGGGCACCAGUCAAAGUUCCCAGUCCGUUCAGUCGGGUCUGGUUCGCCACUCUCCCGCCCGAGCCUCCGUCGCCAGCCAGUCGUCCUCCUACCGCUACAGCAGCAGCCGCCACUCGUCUCUGCGCACCUCCACCACAGGCCUGGAGCCCUGCCGCCGUUCCUCCACCAGCCAGCUGUCCCUGCGCACGCUCCCCACCUCCCUGCAGCUGCGGCUGGGCUCCACCUCCGACCCGGCUGGCCCAUCCGCCUCCCUGUCCAGCCACAGCAUCCCCCCCUGCAAACGCCACACGCUGGUCGGCCUCUUGGGCAACGACGGAAUGUGCUCCGCCGUCACGGAUCCCCUCAGCAGCCAGCAUCACCACCACCACCAUCACCACCCGCAGCAACACAACCCCACCUUCUGCACUGUGCGCAGAGACGACAUCUCCUACAGAGUGCAGAUUGUGGAUGUGAGUCAGGUGCUGGAGACCAUCAACUUAUCGAAGAGGAAGGAGCUGCAGUGGCCCGAGGAGACCAUGAGACUGAGGGCAGGACGGACCUGCUGGAGGGACUGGAGCCCUUUAGAGGGCAUGGAAGGACACGUGAUUCACCGGUGGGUGCCUUGUAGCCGAGACCCAGCCAAUCGCUCCCAUAUCGACAAAACCAUCCUGCUGGUACAGGUGGACGAUAAGCUAGUGCCCAUUGUUGAGACUGGGAUCAUUGAGUUGGGCGCCGAGGUUUGAGACGAGCAAGCACGCGCAUCAUACACACACACACACACAGAGACAUGCAGACACACACACACACACACACACACAAAGACAAAGCCAAACUCCUCUGGCUUUCAGCAGGACUCGGGAGCCUGCAGACAAACAGGAAACGGGAGUCCUCCCCCCGUUCCUCGUCACUGAGGGGGACAGGAAGCCAGGGAAAAGUGGAAGCAGAGGCAGAGCCUACGUUCAUCCAGCAUCCUUUACCGCGUCUACACACAUCCACAGUAUCUGCCUUGCUUUUGAGUCUCAAAAUGCUGCAUGACAGUAACACGACCUUUAAGUUAGUUCUCGCUACUGGUAAUUAAUUUCUAUGCAUUUCAUCGAACUAUUUUCUGGGCAAUUCUGACAGAGAUGAGUGUAAAAAAAAAAGAGCCUUGAGAGUUUUCUUUUUUUGUGUUUUGUUUGUAUCUAAAAAUAAUUUGCCAAAUAAGCCUGGUAUCGAGUAUCUGCCAUGGUUUCAUAUAUGUGAAAGCUUUUUUAUUUAAUUUUUAAUUUUAAUUUGUUUCGCUGCCAAGACGACAGAGAAAGUUGCAGUGCAGAAAAAUCAAAGUUCAAGACUUGACCGGUGGCUGCGCCCGGCGAAAUCUCUCUGUUUCAGUGUUGUCAUUCCGUUUCGAUAAGUUUGACAUUUGCAAGAAUACUUUGCGCAAAGAAAAAGAAACUUGCACUACAAUUUUUGUUGUUUUUAAUUUACAGUGAUGCACUACAAUCUUUAGAUAAUUAUCACCUUUUAUUUAUUACAGACUCUGAAUGGCCAAUGGUAACUGAUGCCUUGGGAAUGAAAAUUAAAAUGCAAUCAUAAUUCUGUUUUCAGCCAUUUUUAUUUUACUAUUUUAUGUUUGAUAAACUUGAAAAUAACUUUUUACUGUAUAGGAUUAUAUCUAUAUCUAUAUAAUAUAUAUAUAUUUACACAAAUAUAUAUAUAUAAUGUAAAUGUAUAAAAGAUUUUGUUUUCAAUAUUUAUUACUGUGAACAUGGUAUUUACACUUUGUUACAUCUUUUUUUUUUCUUUUCAUUUUGGGACAAAGGUUAAUGUAUUAAGGACCAUUGGUUGAAAACAAGAGGCCAGAUUUUUGAUGGACUGUUUCACUAUUUAACUUAAUUCUUUUCUAUAUGGAGAAAUAAAAUUUUGAUUUAUUGCUGACAUCUUUAAAAUGCCUUGUGUAAUUGUUUGUAUGUCGUAUUAACAAUCCCUCAAAGUCAAUUUUGAUACCAAUCAGACUAAACGGAAUAUAACUCAAGUCGCCACUGUGUUCGUCAGCGAACUUGAGUUUACAGUUGGAAAAGUAGACGCUGAGUUAUCAACAUGGACUUGUGAAUGUACAAACUGUCACAUGGUGGAACUUAAAAAAUUGUGAUCAGCAGAUGCAGUGAAGAGGAUAUGAUUAUGAUACUUUUUUGUGGUCUAAGAUUUAUUUAUUGCAGAGUAAAAAUCACAUGACACUUUU